AUGCGUCGCCACCUCUCUAACAACACCGGCCGUGGUGAAGACUACGACGACGACGACUUCCUCAACGAGCAGUAUGAGGAGGAGGAGUGGGAGGGUUCCGAGGAGGAAUACGAAGAGGAGCUCAGGGAGGAGGAGGAGGAGGAGGAGGAGGAGGAGGAGGAGGAAGAGGAGUGGUACGAGGACGGCAAUGACAAAGAAGGAGAAACCCCCGAUGGGGCUGCGGCAAAGGCUAAUGGUUACGAGUUUACUGCAUCCCAGAUCGCCUAUCUCAAGACUCGCCUUCCGCAGUAUCGCGAAGGGUCGGUCAAAAGGAGGGGAGAAUUGGUUACGAUGUCGGCAAAGAACAUCGUCUCCGAGCUGUAUGCCAUCUCAGGCAAACAUCAGUCGCGCGAAAAGAAGAAACUUGUUGUGCAGGCUGUCAGGGCCUGGUUUCAAAAGCGUCUCGAGAGCUCGGCGGUGAAGGGCAAGAAGUCUGUCUGGGGGGGCCGAUAUUAUGGGCAGCUUGUUUUCAAACGGGAGAGGACACAGAUUGUGCAGUAUCUAGGCAAUGUCAUUGUCUGUGGACAUCCACUUCCCGACCUUCGGAGACUCAUAGACCAUGAAGAGGAGUUCCUUGGUCGUCAGGGCGGGGACGACCAAAACGAUGACAACGACGACUCGUACUCUCAGCAGAAACAAAGCCCUCAAGCAUUCACCAGGUAUCAGACAGCGGCAUCGAUGCUCUGGAAGGUUCUGUCGAAGAAGGAGAAAGAGCACUAUAAUUUGAAGGCCAAGAAGUGGAAGGAGAGCUCGCCUCCAGUGGAACAACAGCGGAAAACGGCCGAGAAAUGGGCGUCGAAGCGGAUGCUUCAGUUCGCUGAAGGAGCUCUAAAAGAGAUGAAUGCGCGGGUUUACAUGCUCGUCUGUUACGAGAACACGAAGGGGAGACCAAUUGCGUACGAUUUCGAAUUGACGGGUGGUAACGCCGGAGCCCAAGGCCAAGGGUUUAGGGAUUUGUACGAAUCGCAGCUGAAGGAAAUGGGUCUCUUGGAGUUGUGGAAGGACUUUGCUGCGGACGUGUUUCUUGAUCCACUCGAGCAAGAGGAAGAUGCACAGAGUCGCCGAAUGGCCAAGAAAUCGUUGAUGAAGUUCAAGAGGAACGAAUUCGGCGAGCCUAUCGUCCCCCCUAUGAGUGAGAAACCUGGUAGUGAGAAGCGAUCCCUGUGGCUCACCCGAUUCCUCCGCUCGUUCCUGACAAUUCAUUACAACAUUGCAAUGGGAGAUCCCACAGGGCGCACUCCAGUUCCUUGGAAAAGGUUGGGAUUGAAUGUUAGACGGUUCAUUUCGUCGCGCUUUCUCCCCGACCACUUGGCCGAGAUUCUCCAAGAACCAAGCCUUAUGUCAACUGGCGAACGCGAAAGGCUUUACAAGUUUUGGCGCAAACGCCAGCGCAACCCAGAGGUUGACAAUGUUUUCGAGUUCAAGAACUAUUGGGUUGGAAAAACCCAGACAUACAAGCCCAGGCAUCCUCGUAAAGUCGCGGACGUUGGAGCUCAGCUUGGCGGUGGUGAAGAUGAGGAGGAGGAUUAUGACGAUUGGAAUGCCGAGGAUGUUCAACCGCCCGCACAAGCUCAGAAGCGCGCAAGCAAAGCCAAGCCGGCUGGUGGUGCCAAGAAGAAGCGAAAACAAGCGCCGGGAGGUCAGCCAGACACCGUUCGCGAGGAAAGCCCAUGGGAUAGCCUGAAUUCGGAAUGGGACAUCGACCAGGACACGACUACCAACCGCUUGCCCACAGGCUCGGCUCAACGCCAAGCUUCUUCGAGCAACCCAACGAACGUCGUCGCCAAUGCCGGUAACCUGGACAGUCCUUGGGAUGACCUUGAUACGGACUGGGGACAGCCUGAGCGAAGAAAGGCAAUCUCACGCCCAGCAACGCCCGAUGAGGGAAACUCGAGGCGAAGCCAGGCGGACCACCAUAACCCGUCCAUCGACGAAGACCAAGGCCAGGAGGAGGAGGAGCCGGAGAUUGACGGACAUGGAGGGAGACUGCCCCCUAUCAGUGAAUCGGACGAGGAUGACGACGAAUUGCCCACAGCCAACUCUCAUUCCACAAGGAAAACACGGGCGCAACGACAAGCAGCUGCAGGUCUUGAUCGUCCACCGGUGCGGCGCUCAGCUCGACCACCCAAGGCGUCACGACAGUUCACCUUUGAGGACACAAGGACCCCUGUCACACGAUCCAGGCAGCAGGCCGAGCAACCUGAUAGGAGAAUCACGAGGUCAGCUGCCAAGAAGGCAGGAUCAGACAGACCUCCUCCUCGGACGGUCAAUGCCAAGGCUGGUCAGAAGCGCAAGGCUCCCAAGAACGAUAAGACUGAGCGUCUGGCCAAGAAAAGGAAGGAGGGUGAGGUGGAAAAUCCGGGACACAGACCUGCGUCUUCGUCAAGAAACAAUGAUGGUCCCCCUAAACCCAGAUCUCGUGCUCGGCGUCGGUAA